AGAUGGGGCCUUGAUUUGUUUUUAUCGCAAAAUCAAUACACGGAUGAAAAGACUUGGGUGGGUGUAAUGUGCAUUUGAUCAUGCCAUCUUAGACAGAGAUCUAUUCCCUAAACAAGUGUUAACAGACAGAGACAAAUAGAACCACCUUUAGACUUAUUCAUUGAGUGGAAGAGAGGAAUCGCCAUGGCAACCAUUUCGACCCACGCGAAUUCCUUAACUCUAAGCCUUGCUGGAUUACGAUUAAAGUUCACUUGAAAGGGGAUUUGUGUAUCUCUCUAAGGAACAGCUACAUCUGCAUGUCCUGCAAUCUUGCUGAUACUUUCUUGAGUGUAUUAGUCGCUCCCUGUUCAUCAAGCAUCUCAACAUUGCAGGCCAUAUUGCUCCAACUGUUUAAAAAUAAUUUGGAAUUUCGUAGGUGGUUGUGCCUUAUUUCUGUCAAUUCGUUUGAGGAGAAGGCUUUGGAGUGAAAAGCUUGAUUAUUUUCUUGUUCUCUAUUGAGUGAGGAAGAAAUCAACCUACAAAUUAUGGUGAAGUAUGAGCGCUCAUCGCUCAGCGGUGGGGACGAUGUCUUUGAGGAAGAUCCGUCGUCACAGACGCACACAGCCAACAACGGGUCGGCGGCGAACGCUACCAACAAUUCUUCCACCACUCACAAUCCAUCAGGAAAAAUGGAGGUAGCUUCAAAUGCCCCUCCCGAGGUCCGCUUCAAGCAUCUUAAAGGGAGAGGGGUAAACGAGACCAAAUGGAAGGGGCAGUCGGUGAGCGUCAAACUUUGGUGGGAAAGGAGCACGUUAGAAAGGAUACUUCUCGUCGUAUGUCUUCUUCUCUUACUCACAGUCGUUAUCGUCGCCAUCGUCUUGGCUACCACAAGAAAACAUGAGUUUUGUCUAACGGAAGCCUGCAUAACAGUAGCGAGUAGCCUUCUGAUGUCAAUGGACAAAUCAGCAGAUCCUUGUGAAGAUUUCUACGAGUACUCAUGUGGGACAUGGGACAAACAUAACCCUUUACCAGAAGGAAAUAACAGGUGGAGCACGUUCGGUCUGCUAUGGCAAGAGAACAGGCUCGUUCUAAAGAAUGUUUUAGAAAGUGAGCUGAACACGACGAGCAGUGCAGAGUUAAAAGCCCAAGACUUCUUUAUAUCAUGUAUGGACGAGGAUAGUGUAAUAGAAAAACUUGGUGCCAAGCCUCUGGUGGACAUCAUUAAUUUACAGCUAGGAGGUUGGAACGUCACAGGAACAUUCAACCUAAGCACAUACGAUUUCAACGAGACGAUAAGGGUCCUGGGAACGUCAUACAGCGAGCAGCCCUUCUUUAGUUUGUUUAUUGCUGGAGAUGACAAAAAUUCAUCAAGAAACAUAUUGCAAAUUGCUCAGUCAGGGUUAUUACUCCCAGAUUCAAGUUACCUCAUCAACAAAACCGAGGAUGACCCGGUUUUAGCAGCUUAUAUCAAGAUGAUGGUGACUGUGGCAACGCUAAUGGGAGCAGAUGAAGAUGAGGCCAACAGACAAAUGAGGGCAGUCUUAGAGUUUGGCCAAGAUAUUGCAAAUAUUUCAGUAAGAGAUACUAACAACGAGGAUCAAGACCCGGAGAUGCUAUACCAUCUCAAGACGAUAGACGAUCUACAAGAUAUCAUGCCUGCUAUAGACUGGUUGAGUUAUCUCCAGUUCCUCUUCAACGGUACAGACAUUCAGAUCACCAAGGAUGAGCCCAUUGUUGUCUAUGCACCGGAUUUCCUCCAAGACAUGGCCAACCUCAUUCUGUCUUCAGAUCCAAUAGUGGUUCACAACUACAUGAUCUGGCGUCUUGUCACAUCAUUGAUGAACCUACUCAGUGCAGACUUCAGGCAAGCUGACCAUGACUUUGAUCAAGUGCUCUCCGGGAAACGCAGCAUACCAGCAAAAUGGAGAUUCUGCGUCUCGGACACAGACGCCAGUGUGGGCUUUGCCUUGGGGGCGCUGUUCGUGAAACACGCCUUUGAGGGACAUAGUAAAGCAAAGGCGGAUGAAAUGGUCGAUGAAGUCAAGUCGGCAUUCAAAAGGAAUCUUCCAGAUCUACCAUGGAUGGAUGAAGAAACAAGGAUAGCAGCUAAACAAAAGGCCAACGCCAUCAUAGAUUUGAUUGGUUUCCCAGACUACAUCUUGGACCCUGAGAAACUGGACGCAUCGUAUGAGGAGCUGGAGCUCAAUUCGAGUGAAUACUUCAUGAAUAACAUCCGGGUGCUGCAAUUCCAUGUCAAACGUCAGCUGCAGCAGCUGAGAAAGACGGUAGACAGAGGACAAUGGGAGAUGACCCCACCACAGGUCAACGCCUACUACGCCCCGCAGAAGAAUGAAAUCGUUUUCCCAGCUGGUAUUCUUCAAGCGCCGUUUUAUGACAAAGAUUAUCCAAAAUCUUUGAACUUUGGUGGUAUGGGCGUGGUGAUGGGUCACGAGAUCACCCAUGCUUUCGACGAUGCCGGGAGAGAGUACGAUAAAAACGGCAACCUCCAUCAGUGGUGGAAGAAUGAUACCAUUCAGAAGUUUAACGAUCAAACGGAAUGCAUGGUGGAUCAGUACUCCAAAUAUGAAAUAUUAGGAAAUAAGGUUAAUGGCAGAAGGACGUUAGGAGAAAAUAUAGCGGACAACGGUGGAUUAAAGUCUGCAUAUCAUGCUUAUAUUGAAUGGAUACGAGAGCAUGGGGAAGAACAAGAGCUUCCUGCGUUAGGGUUAACGCAUAAACAGCUCUUCUUCCUGGGAUUCGCACAGGUUUGGUGCUCAACCUCAACUCCACAAGCAGCAAGGUUACAACUCCUUACAGAUGAACACACACCACCAAGAUAUAGGGUGAUUGGUACGUUAUCAAAUUCAGAAGAGUUUGCUGAGCAGUUCAAGUGCCCCGUAGGGUCGCGGAUGAACCCCAAAGAUAAGUGCGAGGUCUGGUGAGGUCAAAGGUCAGAGUUCAAAGCUUAGAGGUGAAUGGAGGCAGGUGCCCUGUACAUAAAUCUGUAUAUAGCUGUACACAUGUUCAGAGUAUGCGUGGUCCUGGCACUGUAAAUUGUAGUUAUUCUCUGCAAGGUUACUAUCCCCAGACCCUAUAAAGGCAAGAGGAAAAUGCAUUUUCUUCCUGCUAUCACGAAAAAAGAAACUUUGAAAAACUACUUGUAGAUGUGUUUCAGGUGCUUUGAUUUCAAUUGAAAAGUUUUUAUUUUGCAAGUUAUGUAAUCAUGGUGCUGGAACCCCCCCCCCUGUAAAAGUUUGUUUUUGUUUUUAUGCCUUACUGCAGGAGCUACACAAAAUCUGUGAUCCAAGGAAAAUGUUAAAACGGUCCAUAUUUAUCUGUACUACAGUGUACUGCUUUAAAAGUUUCAGUAUCUUUUAAACUAUUCAAAUGAUAAUUUUGAUAAACUGCAUCUUGAUGAAAAUUAUUACCUUUUCUCUAAUGAACAAACAGAAUAUUAUGUGGUCCAGUGUACUUUACCUCAAAUUUGUAAUAUCUUUUUGUAUUAUUAGUUCUGUGUGAAUGUAAACAAUACAUGUACCUCUGCUUUGGUAAGCCUUGUACUGCAGUCACAUUUCCCCUAUGAUGUCCGCACGGUUAGGUGAAAAAGCGGCCGCUAUACAGAUUUCUGUAUGAACCACAUACAGGAAGCUGGUAAAAAUAUUGUAAAAGCGGCUGCCAUCGUAGGUGAAACGUGACUGCGCCAUUAGUUUGUGUUUACCACAAAAUAAGGCAGACAAAGUGAAAAAAAAGUUCUAGUUCCGAGAGAAUUAAACCUAGCCUACAUUCCUCAAUUACAUAGAAUUAACAUCCACUUUUUGAUAUUGAUUAUUGGUUGAUGAAAUAAGUUUAUUUUGUAUUGUACGGGUGCAAAAAAAUAUAAAAAUCUUGUAGUCAUUCACUUCCCAUUUCCUUUCCCCCUCUAUUGCUCAUAUUACUUUUAAGUUUUCCCCUUAAGCUUUUUCAGUUUUUUGUCCAUCAUG